AUGACUGACAGUGGAGAAGGCGACGAUGAAUUCCAGUUUCUACGGACGGGAGAUGAGGUGGUUUUGCAGAGUACCUUCACCUCCCAGGAGGAACAUGUGAAGCUAUGUCUUGCUGCCGAAGGAUUUGGCAGCAGACUUUGCCGGCUUGAGCCCACCUCUAACUGUAAGAAUGUUCCACCAGACUUGUCUGUGUGUGGCUUUGUCCUGGCCCAGUGUCUUUCUGUGCGAGCCCUGCAGGAGAUGUUGGCCCACAGCGAACACCUGGCUGCAGAGGUCCCAUAACCUUUAUAUAAAGUCAAUGUUCUCACUCAGUCUGGAGGUAGCCAUCGCACCCUUCUAUAUGGGCAGGCGGUAUUGUUUCUACACUCAUACAGUGGCAUGUACCUCAGCUGCUUGUCUUCUUCUCAGUCUUCAACUGACAAGCUGGCUUUUGAUGUUGGCCUGCAAGAGGACAAAGCAGGGGAGGCGUGUUGGUGGACUGUCCAUCCAGCAUCCAGACAGAGGUCAGAGGGUGAGAAGGUGCGCGUAGGUGAUGACCUCAUACUUGUGAAUGUGUCUUCAGAGAGAUACUUGCACCUUUCCUUUGGCACUGCAUCUGACAACAAAAGCUUGAGUGACAGUCUGAUUGUUAAUGCAGCCUUCCAGCAGACCCUCUGGAGUGUUGCUCCCAUCUGCUCUGGACGCGCCGUUGCUCAAGGAUACCUGAAGGGGGGUGAAACACUUCGGCUACUCCACAGCCAUAGUGACGCAUGUCUGACUGUUCCCUCUACAGAGCAUGGAGAGGAGCUUCAAAGGAUAAUGCAUUAUGAGAUUGGAUCAGUCUCCGGUCAUGCCCGGUCUCUCUGGAGGCUGGAGAUUCUGCGAGUUGUUUGGAGUGGUAGGCAUACAUGCUGGGGCCAGCCAUUUAGACUGUGCCACGUUACUACUGGAAGAUACCUGGGUCUCACAGAGGAGAAAGGUCUGCAGCUGGUUGAUCGGGACAAAGCUGACAUCAAUACAACCUCCUUCUGCUUUCGAUCAUCAAAGGAGAAGCUUGACACCAACACAAAGACUGAUGUUGAUGGGAUGGGAAUCCCAGAGAUCAAAUAUGGAGAUUCCAUUUGUUUUCUUCAACAUGUAGCCUCUGGGCUCUGGCUAACAUACCAAGCUGCUGAUGCCAAGUCCCAUAUGGGUGGAGCUCAGCGAAAGGCAAUUUUGCACAGUGAAGGGCAUAUGGACGACGGGCUGACACUGUCUCGUUCUCAGAGGGAAGAAUCUCAUACUGCCAGACUAAUCCGGAGUGCUGUUCUCCUCUUCACUCGCUUUGUAAGGAAACUUGAUGGUUUUAACCAAGAGGUAAAUAUCCCCUCUGUCAGCCUGCCAGUGGAGACAGUGACACGCAGUCUGCAGGAUCUGAUAAUCUAUUUCCAGCCUCCACUGGAGGGGCUAGGCCAUGAAGCUAAACAGAACAGCAUGGCGGGGCUAAAGAAUCGACAGAACAUGUUUCAAAAAGAGGGUGUGAUAGAUUUGGUCUUAGAUUGUAUUGACCGUCUACACCAGUAUAGUAGUGCUUCUCAUUUUGCUGAGGCUGUUCAGAGUGACACAGGAGAGGAGUGGGAGACCAUCGUCAACCAUUUCUAUGAGCUGUUGGCUGCUCUGCUCCAGGGAAACCGUGCAAAUUGUGCUAAUUUCUCAGGUUCGCUGGACUGGCUGAUUAGCAGGCUAGAACGGCAGGAGGCCUCUUCUGGAGUCCUGGAGGUUCUUCACUGCGUCCUUGUGGAAAGCCCUGAAGCUCUCAAUGCCAUCAAGGACCAACACAUUCAGUCUGUCAUCUCAUUUCUGGACAAGCAUGGAUGCAACCCCAGGGUGCUGGAGGUGCUUUGUUCUCUGUGUGUGUGCCAUGGUGUGGCGGUGCGGUCCAAUCAGAACCUCAUCUGUGACAGUCUGCUGCCAGACAGAGAUUUGCUACUCCAAACACGUCUCGUUAAUCAGGUCACCAGCAUGAGGCCAAACAUCUUCCUAGCUAUGGGAGAAGAUUCAUCCCAGUAUCGCAGGUGGUACUACGAGCUGGUUGUGGAUCACGUCAACCCCUUUCUCACAUCUGAGCCCACACACCUGCGUGUCGGCUGGGCUUGCAUGAAAGGCUACCAGCCCAGGCCGACAGGCGGCGAGGGCUGGGGGGGAAAUGGAGUGGGAGAUGACCUCUGCUCGUAUGGCUUUGAUGGACUUCACCUCUGGUCAGGCUGUGUGAGCCGGAAAGUCAGCUCCCCGUUUCCUCACCUACUAAAAGAUGAUGAUGUCGUUAGCUGCUGCCUUGACCUCAGCAUUCCCUGCAUCUCAUUCCGGGUCAAUGGUCUACCUGUGCAGGGCAUGUUUGAGAACUUCAAUGCUAAUGGACUUCUUUAUCCUGUGGUCAGCUUCUCUGCUGGAGUAAAAGUUCGUUUUCUGUUUGGGGGAAGGAAUGGAGAGUUUCGCUUCCUGCCACCUCCAGCUUAUGCUUCUUGCUCUGAAGCUCUUCUCCCAAAAGUCAAACUGAAGGUGCAGCGGUGUCAAGAAUACAUUUUGCAUCAUGGUGAAGGGAAACAAGCGCUUAUUGGCCCCUUAGUGCCUGUCACUCCAGUUACCUUCACUCCGACAACAAUAGACAUCAGUAAGGUGGUAUUGCCUCCACAACUUGAGGACAUUCGAGAAAAAAUGGCUGAGAAUAUCCAUGAGCUCUGGGUAAUGGACAAGAUUGAUCUCGGAUGGACACAUGGACCAGUGAGGGAUGAAGGUAAGAGACAUGAUCCUUGUCUGGUGGAGUUCUCCAAGCUGCCAGAGCAUGAGAGAAACCAGAACCUUCAUAUGGCACAGGACACACUCAGGACCCUGCUGGCACUUGGUUUCCACAUCGGAUUGAUGGAUGAUCAUGCUGAGAAACACAUGAAAUACAUGAGACUUCCUGUCAAGUAUGAGCAGAUGACUGGCUACAGGCCUGCUCCAGUAGACCUGAGCCAGGUGUCUCUGAGCUCAGACCACGAGGAAGCAGUUAACUUGCUGGCGGAGAAUGAACACAACGUAUGGGCCAGAGAGCGAAUCAAACAGGGAUGGACUUAUGGAGCGCAACAGGAUAUAAAAGCAAAGCAGAGCCCUUACCUUCUGCCCUACAGCCUUCUUGAUGAAAGAACUCGGAGAGUGGGAAGAGAGAGUGUCAGAGAGGCUGUCUGUACCCUGCUGGCAUACGGCUACAGCCUGGAGCCCCUAAACCAGGAACGCACUACAUUAUCAAAGCCAUGUUUCUUCUCUGCUGAGAAAUGCAGAGUGUUCAGACCAGAUAAAUCAUAUGCUGUGACCCAGGGGAAGUGGUAUUUUGAAUAUGAAAUACUGACAGCAGGGAAUAUGAGAGUGGGCUGGGCCCGACCAGGCUGUACCCCAGAUAAAGAGCUUGGCUCAGAUAACCAAGCAUAUGUCUUUGAUGGAUUUGAGGCUCAGUGGUACCAUCAGGGCGGCGAGCCCCUGGGACGUCCAUGGCUGAGAGGUGAUGUGGUGGGUUGCUUGGUGGACAUGGAUGAAUGCACCAUGAUGGUUACGCUCAAUGGAGAGCUGCUGUUUAAUGACAGAGGAUCGGAGCUGACUGCCAAGGACUUUGAUAUUAGAGAUGGCCUGUUACCUGUGGUUAGUGUUGGGGUGAACCAGGUGGGGAGGCUGAAUCUGGGACGCCAAGUAGGCUCUUUGCAAUACUUUACUGUGUGUGGCCUGCAGGAGGGGUAUAGACCUUUUGCCGUCAACAUGGCCAGAGACCCAGCUCUGUGGAUGAGUUGGAAACAACCUCAGUUUACCUCCAUACUACCUGAUGAUCACUAUUUACAGGUUACAAGAGUCAGUGGCUCAGCAGAUUCCUUAUCCAGCCUGAGGGUCUCCCAGUGUAUGCAGCCGCACCAUGGUGGAGAAAGUGAGAUGGGCUAUUAUCGCCUCAGCAUGUCUGUCGAAUGUGCUGCUGUCCUCAGUAGCCCACCAGGGGGGGUGCUUCCUGUAGCCUCCAGUGCUCUCUCUCCAAGCUCAGAAAGGAAAGAGCAGGAGGAGGUGGACUCUGACUUUGAGGUGCUGAUGAAGUCAGCCCACAGCUAUGCUGGUUCAAGAGAUGAGCUCAACUAUAAAGAUCAUAGUCACGACAAAACAUCAAGACUGAAACAGCGGUUUAUGCUGAAGAAGACCAAACCAGGCUUAGUCAGCAGUAACUCAUCUGCACGGCUCCUCGAAGACGUUGUAGUCGACAAGGAUAACUAUGAUCACCUUAUCCAGAGCUCCAGAUAUUACUACUCAGUGCGGGUUCUUCCAGGCCAGGAGCCAUUCAAUGUGUGGGUAGGCUGGGUGACCUCUGACUUUCAUCAGCAUGACAUGACAUUUAACACUGACAAUGUCCACACUGUGACUGUCACCCUUGGAGAUGACAGUGGCAAAGUCCAGGAAAGCGUAAAGCAGUCUAACUGCUUUAUGGUUUGUGCUGGAGAGGCAACAGGCCUGUCUCAGAGUCGGAGAAGCACAGGAUUGGAAAUUGGCUGUUUGAUUGACACAACCACUGGUCUGCUUACAUUUACCUCCAGUGGAGUGGAGAUGGCCACUUUCUACCAAGUGGAGGCAAGUACAAAGCUCUUUCCUGCUGUUUUUGUCAAACCCACCACCAAAAACAUGUUUCAGUUUGAACUGGGACGCAUCAAGAAUGUGAUGCCACUGUCCUCAGGUUUGCUUCGGAGCCAGUCAAGGAAUGUCACUCCUCAGUGUCCUCCUAGGGUUCAGGUCCAGCGGCUGAGGCCUGCUUCAUGGACUAGAGUACCAGACAGAGCACUGAAAGUGUUGGUUGAUCGACCAGAUGAAUGUCAUGGCUGGAGAAUUCAAUGCCGUGAGCCCUUACAAGCCAUGAUCCUUCACAUUCCUGAUGAAAACAGGUGUGUUGACAUUUUGGAACUGUCGGAGCUUGAUGACCUCUUGACCUUUCACAACAAUACCCUCCUGCUCUACUGCUCUUUAUGUGCUCUUGGCAACACCAGAGUUUGCCACGCCCUCUGCAGUCAUGUGGACCAGUCGCAGAUUCUUUAUGCUAUUCAGGAUCCCUACCUCCCUGGCCUGCUCCGGUCUGCAUUUUAUCAGCUGCUUUUUCAGGUUUUCCUCAGCAGCUACACCACAGCCUGUCUUAUGAUGAACCAUGAAUACAUAGUUCCUAUGACUGACCAAACCAGAGAAAUCACCCUUUAUCCCAGUCCUAUUAAUGGUGGGGAUAGACAACCUCCAGAGGGAAUACCAAGUGCUAGUUGUAGCACAUCCCUUAAACCUCAGAUGCGUUUUUCAACUCCUUGCUUUGUCAGAAGCGAUUGCAUGGAAGGAGCUAGUGCACUGGAAAUAGCCUGCAAAGACAGCCCAGAAAUCCCUCUGGAUGUUUUGAAGAAUCUUAAUGUGGAGAUGCUGACUGCUGCAGUUUGGGCUGUGGGUCAGGAUGUAAGGGAUCCUGCAGGAGGCAAUAUUGAACUUUUGCUUGUUCCUUUAUUAAGACUUUUCUACAGCCUCUUGGUUAUGGGGGUGUGUAGGGAUGAAGACUUAGGGAAGAUUCUUAGACUCAUGGAGCAAGGUGCAUUUGCAAGGCCUGGAACACCCAUAGAGAAGUUGGAAGAAGAAACUAGUGAUGAUGAAGAAGAGCAGAAAGGAGUGAUCACUGAAGAAAGUAACACUGUUAAACAAGGACUUCUUCAAAUGAAGCUUCCAGAAGCUGUCAAACUUGAGCUCUGCCACCUGCUAUCCUACCUGUGUGACUGCCAGGUUCGCCACAGGGUAGAAGCUGUGAUUGCUUUCUCCGACAGCUUUGUUGGCCAGCUGCAGGAGAACCAGCGGUUUCGCUACAACCAGGUCAUGCAGGCGCUCAACAUGUCUGCUGCCCUCACUGCUCGCAAGACAAAGGAGUUCCGGUUACCGCCACAGGAGCAGAUCAAUAUGCUGCUGACCUUCAGAGAAGAUGCGCAGCAGGAGAACUCUCCGUGUCCAGUGGAAAUCCAGGAGUUUCUUCAAGACUUCCAUCAACUCCUUGAGACACACUGUGGCAUUGAUUUGGCCAGCACCUCAAAGGAUGAAGAGGAUGCAGAGAUGUCUCUAAAAGAACGACUUCUCGGUCUUGUGGCGAGAGUCUUUGGCCUUCUAGUUGAAUUAAAUAGAAAGGGUAGCUUGCCAUCAAGAAAGGCACUUUCUAGGUCUAUAUCCCCCAAAAAGAUGAUUUCUGAAACAAUGGUGCGCUGGGCUCAAGAGAGUGAGAUUGAGGACCCUGAACUAGUCAGUGCUAUCUUCUCAUUGCUGCACCGCCAGUAUCAGGGCCUCAGGGGCCUAAUGGAAGGACCCUUAUUCAAAGCUUAUACCAUCAAGCAGACAUCACUGGAGGACACCAUGGCACUCUUGUCCUCCUUGGGCCAAAUCCGCUCCCUCCUCAGUGUUCGCAUGGGGAAAGAGGAAGAGAGGUUGAUGAUCAGACGACUAGGAGAUAUCAUGAAUAAUAAAGUUUUCUACCAACAUCCAAACCUAAUGAGGGCAUUGUCGAUGCAUGAGACUGUGAUGGAGGUGAUGGUCAAUGUUCUUGGAGAAGGGCAAAUAAAGGAGAUUACCUUUCCUAAGAUGGUUGCCAGCUGCUGUCGAUUCCUGUGCUAUUUUUGCCGUAUCAGCCGACACAAUCAGGGAGCCUUGUUUGACCACCUCAGCUACUUAUUGGAAAACAGCAGUGUCGGGCUAGCUUCACCGUCCAUGCGUGGAUCCACUCCUCUGGAUGUGGCUGCAGCUUCAGUUAUGGAUAAUAAUGAAUUGGCCUUAGCACUGAGGGAAUCAGACCUGGAGAAGGUGGUUCAGUGCCUUGCUGGCUGUGGUCUCCAGAGCUGUCCAAUGCUAGUGGCAAAAGGUUAUUGCGAUAUAGGGUGGAACCCUGUGGAGGGCGAGCGUUAUCUGGAUUUUCUACGUUUUGCUGUCUUCUGCAAUGGUGAGAGUGUCGAGGAGAAUGCUUAUGUGGUGUUGAGGCUGUUGAUUCGUCGACCUGAGUGUUUUGGCCCUGCGCUGCGAGGUGAUGGGGGAAAUGGUCUCCUAGCAGCCGUGGAAGAAGCCAUUAAGAUCUCUGAAGACCCUUCCAUGGAUGGUCCUUGUACCACUUAUCAUUCCAACAGAGCGCUAGAUGUUGUCCAAGACAGCGACGAUGAUGUCAUUCACAUGGGGCACGCCAUCAUGACCUUCUACUCAGCUCUUAUUGACUUGCUCGGUCGCUGUGCUCCGGAGAUGCAUUUAAUUCAAGGAGGCAAAGGAGAGGCAAUCCGUAUGAGGGCCAUUCUGAGGUCUCUCAUCCCUAUUCAGGAUCUUCAGGGAGUCAUCAGCAUCUCCUUUCAAAUCCCUUCAGUCUCUAAAGAUGGUUCAUUGGUUGAGCCUGACCUAUCUAUAGUGUUCUGCCCAGACCACAAGGCAGCCAUGGUGCUGUUCCUGGAUCGGGUUUAUGGCGUUGAGAGUCAGAGUUUUCUUCUCCACCUUCUAGAAGUUGGCUUUCUGCCUGACCUUCAGGCAGCUGUCUCUCUUGACACUGCUGACCUAGGAUCCACUGAUAUGGCUCUGGCCCUCAAUAGAUACUUGUGUACCGCUGUUCUUCCCCUUCUCACCAAAUAUUCAGUUCUUUUCCAUGAUUUAGAGGACCACAUCUUGCUAGUUGAUUCUCUCAUUCAGGCAGUCUACCACCUCUCGAGGGCUCUUAGCUUGACCAAGGCUCAGAGAGACACUACAGAAGACUGCCUGUUGGCUUUGUGCAGUAAACUCCAGCCACCUAUGAUGCAGCCUCUCCUUCGUCGGCUUGUCUUUGAUGUCCUUCAUCUGACAGACCACAGCAAAAUGCCUCUAAAGCUCUUGACCAGUCACUAUGAGCAGAGGUGGAAGUACUACUCCCAGUCUGGCAGGCAGGGUGAGCAGGGUUGUGCAUCUGAAGAAGAACUCUACCUGUCUACAAAGUUGUUCUGGGGGGUGUUCAAGGCUUUAGCCAAGAAGCCCCAGAUACUUCAGUUAUCGAGUCUGUGUGUGCAGUGCCUCUCUGCAGUGGCCAUGGCCCUGCCUCCUGAUCAUAUGGAACAAAACUGCUUGUCGCACAUUGAGAGAAUAACCUCCAUCGAUACAGACGGACACUUUGACCCCCAGCCUGUAGAUACAUCUGAUGUGUCAGUGCCAGAGAGGCUGGAGUUUGUUGUGAACAAAUAUGCCGAGCAUACUCAUGAAAAGUGGUCACUGGAAAAGUUUGUCAGUGGCUGGGUUCAUGGAGAGCACCUAUGUGAGAACACCAAAGUUCACCCUCGCCUCAAGCCGUACAGGGCUCUUGCUGAAAAGGAGAAGGAGUCGUACCGCUGGGCCAUCAAAGAGACAAUAAAGACUAUGCUGGCCUUUGGCUGGAACAUAGAAAGGACCAAAGAAGGAGAUGCGUUUAGCAGGCAUCCAUGUACACGCAGGGUCUCUCAGUCUGGACAGCUGUCAUUUGAAGGCGCAUCAACCUUCAGCCCCAAACCUGUGGACAUGAGCUGCAUCACCUUAUCAUGGGACCAAUGUGCCAUGGCUGAACAGCUGGCUGAAAACUACCACAAUGCCUGGGCUAAGACGAAGAAAUUAGAACUUGAGAGUAAAGGAGGAGGUAGCCAUUCGCUGCUUGUACCUUAUGAUACCUUGAGUGCCAAAGAGAAGGCUAAAUUCAGAGAAAGAGCUCAGGAUGUCCUCAAGUUCCUUCAGCUCAAUGGCUACACUGUGUGGAGAGAUCGGAAGUCAGUGGAAAUGGACUUUCCAGCCAUAGCCAACUGCUUUGCAUACACGCUGCUUCAGCGGCUCCUGUCUCACACUGAGGAGGCCCAAGAGAACCUUUUAAAGCUUGCCAGAGGACAGAUGUCUAAGGGAGAGAGGGCUCCACACGAGCAACCAGUCAUUUUUUUUCACAAGGUUAUCCUUCCUCUUUUGGAACAGUAUGUUAAAAGCCACCGUCUAUAUUUCCUGUCCGCUUCCUCAAGUGAUAAUAGAAGCCAUGCCUCGAGAAAGGAAAAGGAGAUGAUUGCAUGCCUCUUUUGUAAGCUUGCAGCUCUUGUAAGACACAGGAUCUCAGUCUUUGGAAGAGAAGCCUCGUCAGUUGCAAGCUCCCUCCACGUUUUGGCUCAGGCUCUUGAUGCCAGGACUUUAAUGAAGUCAGCACCAGAGUCUAUUCAGACAUCUCUGCAUUCCUUUUUUAAGGCAGCGGCGUCUGAUUUAGAGAUGACUGUGGAAACCCUUUCUGAGAGCUUAGUUUCGCUGCCUCAGAGUAGGAGUCAGCUGGCAAGAGGAGUAGCCAAGGUUCUCAACUACACAACCUCCAUCCUUCUCCCUACACUCACGUCUCUCUUCCUUCAUCUUGGAAACCAGAACCAUGGAUUAGAUCUCCUGGCUGGUGGUAUACAGGUAUCCUGCUACAGGAUCUUAAACAGCCUCUACGCUCUUGGAAUCAGUAGCAGCAUCUACAUGGAGGGGCAUAGGUCAGCAGCAGGUGCUUGUCUGGCAGCCUUGACAGGAGCUUUACCCGUGUGUUUCCUGGAGCCAGAUCUAAACCAAAACAACCCUUACUCCAUCUACAAUAUGAUGACUGCUACUCAGAUAAAAGACCAGGGAUUGCCAGAUCAGGUGGAGGACAUGUGUCCCCUCCUACCUUCUCUGGGACAGGCGCUGAGGGAAGUGGAGGAGCUGGCAGGUGCUGGAGCUCACCAGGCCCACUACAUCCAUGUUGCAGAGGUUACUUUGCCCAUGUUGUGCAGUUACAUUUCCCACUGGUGGAACUUGGGUCCUGAGGGCCAUCCAGAAAGGCCAGUGUGUACCUCUGUCGUUCCUAAGCAUGCUAGUGACCUACUUGGCAACAUCCUGCGUAUCAUCCACAAUCAUGUGGGUGCUAGCCAGGGUGACUGGAUGAAACAGCUGGCAGUUUUUUCUCAGCCAGUCAUAUGUAAAGUCCAUCCUGAGCUGUUAAAGAGCCACUUCCUGCCACUAAUGGAGAAGCUGAGAAAGAGGACAGAAUGUGUGUUGGUAGAGGAGGAGCAGAUGAAAGCAGAAGGCGGGGAUACCUCUGAUGCAGAGUUGCAGAUACAAGAAAAGUUUGCUAUGCUGGUCCGAGACCUCUACGCCUUCUUUCCCCUCCUCAUCCCAUUUGUGGAUACUCAUCGAGCCAGGUGGCUGAAAGACCUGAACCCUGAGGCUGAGCAGCUGUUCAGCAUGGUGGCAGAGGUCUUUAUAUUCUGGGCCAAAUCCCAUAAUUUCAAAUGGGAGGAACAGAAUUAUGUUGUUCAAAAUGAAAUCAACAACUUGUCUUUCUUGACCAAUAAUGACAAAAAAUUCAAGAAAAAAAUCCUGUUUUCAUAUGAUCCCAAUACUCAGCUUGACAAUGAUAAGAGGAAGAUGAGGAGGAAGAGGGGUUGUUAUUCCACCAACACCUCUCUCAUUGUGGCUUUAAUGAAGAGGCUGACCCCUGUGGGACUCAGAGUUUGUUUUCCAAGCGAUCACAGUCUCAUCAUCUUGGCUAAGAAUGCCUUCUCUCAGAAGACCACUGAGAAUGAGAUCCGAGAUCAUAUUUUCAAUUGCGUUGUGCAUCUUCAGAAUCAGGGAUCAGACAGUUUAAGACAGAAGAUUCUUACAGAGCUCCCACACCAACCCGGGACCAUCAGUGGUGCAGAAAAGACUGUUGACAGGAUUAUGGAAAUAGCUCGAGUCCUUUAUUAUCUUGACCAGGUGGAACACCCACUGAGAAACAAAAAACCUGCCAGACACACAGUUUUAUCGAAACAGAGGAAACGUGCAGUGGUGGCCUGCCUGAGAAUGACUCCACUCUAUAACCUACCCAGGCAUCGAGCUGUUAACCUGUUUCUUCAAGCCUACAAUAAAUCCUGGAUAUCUGCUGAGGAGCACAGCUUUGAAGAGACACUUGUGGAGAAUUUAGCUAAACCUGGUGGAAGAGGGGAAGAAAAGGAUGUGAAGGAAGGUGCCAAACCAAUCGAUCCUCUCCUACAACUCAUUACACUCUUCAGUCGAAGCGCCCUGACAGAAAGCAGUAAGCAUGGAAUUGACAGUCUCUAUAAGUCCUACGCUGCUAUUAUGGCCAAGAGUUGUAGCAGAGAGGGCGAAGAGGAAGAGCAGGAGGUGGAAAGCUUUGAAGAGAAGGAGAUGGAGAAACAGAAGUUGCUGUACCAGCAAGCCAGGUUACAUUGUCGUGGAGCUUCUGAGAUGGUCCUGCAAACUAUCAGCGCCAGCAAAGGUGCCAUAGGCUCCAUGAUUGCCCCUACGCUGAAGUUAGGCAUUGCUAUUCUCAACGGAGGAAAUGCCACUGUUCAGCAGAAAAUGCUGGAUUAUCUAAAAGAGAAGCGAGAUGUGGGCUUCUUUCAGAGCAUGGCUGGGCUCAUGCAGUCAUGCAGUGUUUUGGAUCUGAAUGCCUUUGAGAGGCAGAACAAAGCAGAGGGAUUAGGCAUGGCCACGGACGAGAGCUCAGGAGAAAAGGUGAUGCCUGACAAAGACCUAACCUGCGACCUGUUCCGUUUCCUUCAGCUGCUCUGUGAAGGACACAACUCAGAUUUCCAGAAUUACUUGAGAACACAAACAGGCAACAACACCACUGUCAACAUCAUUAUAUCCACUGUAGACUAUUUACUAAGGAUACAGGAGUCCAUCAGUGACUUCUACUGGUACUACUCAGGUAAGGAUGCGAUUGAUGCACAAGGUCAACACAACUUCUCCAAGGCCAUCGAAGUGGCCAAACAGGUCUUCAACACUCUCACUGAGUACAUACAGGGUCCGUGUACUGGGAACCAGCAGAGUCUAGCUCAUAGUCGUCUUUGGGACGCUGUUGUGGGAUUCCUCCAUGUCUUUGCGCACCUGCAGAUGAAGCUCUCUCAGGAUUCAAGGCAAAUAGAGCUUCUAAAGCAGCUCAUGGAUUUACAGAAAGAUAUGGUUGUGUUUUUGCUUUCCAUGUUAGAAGGUAAUGUUGUCAAUGGAACUACUGGAAAGCAAAUGGUGGAUAUGUUGGUGGAAUCAUCAGGCAAUGUGGAAAUGAUUCUCAAGUUUUUUGACAUGUUCCUCAAACUUAAAGACCUCACCUCCUCAGAAGCCUUCAGAGAACAUGAUCCUGAUCGCCAGGGAAGCAUAUCCAGGAAGGACUUCCAGAAAGCCAUGGAAAACUGCAAGCAUCUCUCGCAGGCUGAGAUCCACUUCUUGCUUUCGUGCAUGGAGACUAAUGAUGGUGAAAUUGUGAACUAUGAGGCCUUUGUGGAUCGCUUCCAUGAGCCAGCAAAAGACAUUGGCUUCAGCAUCACCGUUCUCCUCACCAAUUUGUCAGAACACAUGCCCAACGAUUCAAGACUAAAGACAUUCUUGGAACUGGCAGAAAGUGUCUUGACUUACUUUCAGCCCUGUCUAGGACGCAUAGAGAUCCUCGGCAGUGGGAAGCGCUUCGAACGCGUCUACUUUGAGAUCAGUGAAUAUAGCCGUACACAGUGGGAGAAGCCACAGGUUAAAGAGUCGAAGAGGCAGUUCAUUUUUGAUGUUGUCAACGAGGGUGCAGAGAGAGAGAAAAUGGAAAUGUUUGUCAAUUUCUGUGAGGACACCAUUUUUGAGAUGCAGCUUGCAGCUCAGAUAUCUGGCUCUAACACCGGAGAAAGAAAUACUGGGAAACAAGUCGAGGAUAAACGACACCUGGGUGAUCAGGGAAUGUUUUUCAUGAUUCAUUGGUGGCUAUUUCUCUCAACUCUACUUUCUCUGACAAACCUAAAGACACUGAUGAAGAUGACCCUGAAGGAUAUCCUCAUGUCGGCUGCUCUAUUCGUCCGAUUCAUUUGUAUGGCUCAGGUACGGUGCAUUUAUGUUUUAUUUCGCAGCAUCUUAUACGUGCUGUACAUUGCUUUUGUGAGUGGUGGGCUCAUAGAGGGAGCCAAAAGGAUUAGGAUAUCCGACUUGCUUGGCGGUAUCCUUGAACCAACUCUUGAUGAGGUCACGGAGGUGCCAAGUGGUGUGGAUCAGCCGAGGAGGUACUCUGCCAGUUUCUCGUCCCACAGAGAAUUGAGGGAGAUUGGGCAGAUGGGAGCUGUGACCUCCCCCAGAGAGGUGGAUGUACUGUCAGGCAUUUUUGGCCUCAAACUAAAGAAAGAGGAAGGUCGAUACAAACUUGUAGCACAAGACCUCACUGCCAGUCUGGAUGACCUGUUCAGCACAAGUUCCAGGACCAGUGCUUCCUCUGAUAUUGAGAAGCAUCAGAUAAUGCAAAUUAAGGAUCACACAACCACAGAGGAUAAAAAUGAAGACAAAAAAAUGAACACAGAAGAGAAGAAGUCUGAGAAGAAAAUUGGAAAUGAGAAAGCAAAGGCAAGAGGGAGAGCCAAGAUAUUCUCAAAUAAGUUAAAAGAACCACAGAGCCAACAAUCUGCCCUUUGGGAGACAAUUGGCACUCAUAACAAGAGCCUGCUGAACUAUUUUGCAAGGAACUUUUAUAAUCUGCGCUUGCUGGCUCUUUUUGUCACCUUUGCAAUCAAUUUCAUCCUUCUGUUCUACAAGGUAACAUCGUUUCCUACCCUGAAAGAAGAGGAAGGAAUGACCACAUCUGUUUACGGUGAAGAACUGAACUCUGAUGCUGAUAACAACAGCGAGGGCAGAGUGUAUUUUGUACUUGAAGAAAACAGUGGAUACAUGGAGCCCUCUCUCAAUUUCCUGGCUGUAGCACACACAAUCAUCUCCUUCUGUUGUAUUAUUGGUUAUUACUGCCUCAAGGUACCAUUAGUAAUCUUCAAACGUGAGAAGGAAGUGGCACGAAGGCUGGAGUUUGAUGGACUCUAUGUGACAAAACAGCCUCCUGAGGAAGACAUCAAAGGCCAAUGGGACCGACUGGUCAUUAACACCCCAUCAUUUCCAAGCAAUUACUGGGAUAAAUUUGUGAAGAGAAAGGUGAUGGAUAAGUACGGUGACUUUUAUGGCUGUGAGAAGAUAAGUGAACUCCUUGGUCUGGACAAGGCUGCUUUAGACCUUAGUUCUGAAACAAAAACAAAGAAGAGGCUCAAGAGAGACGCUGCCUGGAGUGCUCUAUGCAACUCCAUUGACAUGAAGUAUCAGGUCUGGAAACUAGGUGUAGUUUUCACUGACAAUUCCUUCUUGUACUUGGCAUGGUACAUGACCAUGUCGUUUCUGGGACAUUAUAACAACUUCUUCUUUGCUGCCCACCUUUUGGAUAUUGCUAUGGGUUUCAAGACACUUCGUACCAUCCUCUCCUCUGUCACACAUAAUGGCAAACAGUUGAUCCUUACCGUGGGCCUCUUGGCUGUUGUGGUGUACCUCUACACCGUUGUAGCCUUCAACUUCUUCAGAAAGUUCUACAACAAAAGUGAUGACAAGGACAUCCAAGACAUGAAGUGCAAUGACAUGCUUACUUGUUACAUGUUCCACAUGUAUGUGGGAGUGCGUGCAGGCGGUGGAAUUGGUGAUGAGAUCGAGGAUCCUGCUGGAGAUGAGUUUGAGGUGGAACGGAUUGUCUUUGAUAUUACGUUUUUCUUCUUUGUCAUUGUCAUCCUCCUGGCCAUUAUCCAGGGCUUGAUAAUUGAUGCCUUUGGAGAGCUUCGUGACCAACAGGAACAGGUGAAGGAGGAUAUGGAGACCAAAUGUUUUAUAUGUGGAAUGGGAAGUGAAUACUUUGAUACAGUUCCUCAUGGCUUUGAGACUCACACGCUUCAGGAGCACAACCUGGCCAACUAUCUAUUUUUUCUGAUGUACCUUAUUAACAAGGAUGAGACAGAACACACGGGGCAGGAAUCUUAUGUGUGGAAAAUGUACCAGGAGCGUUGCUGGGAAUUCUUUCCUGUGGGAGACUGUUUCCGUAAGCAAUAUGAGGAUCAACUGGUAUGAAAUAACCUGAGAGGUCUAAAGCCUCCCUAGUGUCACAAGACAAAAUCUGUCUCGAUUUAUGCCUUUGGAGUUGCUAAUUUGCCUUCAGUUCUGUGUGUGUUUCUAUAGUAUUGAUUUUAGAUUAUGGCUUUUUUUUUCUCUUUAAACACAAGUAUUUCAAAAUUACUAAAUUAAUUGGAACCAAAAGAUUGAGAACCACUUGUUUAUGUUCUCAUACAACAUUAGUGUGUGAUGCAUGUAUUGGCAGUCCUGUGGGAGGAAGCUAUUCAUUUGAGUGGUUUGUUAAGACUGCAGCAGCAUCUGUAGUAAUGUGGCUUUUUCUGUUUCAUAAAUCAUUAUCUGUCACAGUCAAAGCUGGCAAUCGAAAUUCAGUUUGAGGCAUUUUUUUCUUGCUGGAUGUGUGUCAUGUUUUCUGAAUAAAUUGAUUUGUUUUUCUAAUCAGAGCCUCCCAUUCCUUCCUCCUGUGACAUCCAUAUAAACACUCUCCCUCUGGCAUUUGCUCUUUUUACUCUCCUCUGUUUCUUGUGGCUCUCUUGUCUUGCCUGUUGUGCUCAUCUCUCCAGGAUCCUUACCCUUCAGUCUUUGCUGUUCCCCCCCUCCCGCGUUCCUUCUGCUCCCCUGCAAUUCCUCGUAUCGAGCUCUUUCCCACCAUCAUUGUCAGCUGUGGUAUAGCACACUAGCAGAUCUCUCGCCAUUCAGGUCAAAACAAUGUUUCUGACACCCGUCUCUGAUGGCCGAAAAGUCCUGAGGGAGUUCGUGGGUAUAACUCAAUGACUAAAAGAGUGUGCUGAGUUUUGUUAAACUGUUAAAUCAUGCUGAGGUUAACAACAGGAUGACAGGAGUUGGAGUGCCACCUACAGAUAUUGUCCUCAUUAUGCAAAGGUCACACUGAGUCGAACAGAUGUACUGCUGAUAUGGAUUCAGGUUGUUUUUGAG